UGACAUCGAUAAAUGACGUCAGAAGUUGCAUGUUGUAAACCCGGAAGUGUAAAAUAAGAUAUCGUAGAAAAACUUUGGAUUAUUAUUUUACUUUAUUAUUUACUAAGUGCUUAGGAUGGAUACAGAAUUAGAGGUGAGUCUUGUAUAUUAUCUUUACUAUUUAACGAUUACAUUAACUUAUUAAGUUUCGAAUUUUUAAUGUAUUUUUAUGCUUUGACCUUGGUUUUGUGAUGUGCCUAGGUGAAAUCUAAAUCUGCUGUCAGAAGGAAACAAACUAUACACUCAGUUCUAUAGUUUAAUAAGGAAAUCAUUCUGUGAUGCCAGGUCAAACCAAAAAACGAAACAAGAGCCAUGAUGACCCAGUAUCGCUCAUCCGAGUUUUUUUUUUUUUUUUUGUUGUUAUUGUUGUUUGACAGCUGGGUCAAGCCUUAUGAGGUGGGUUAACAUAUUUGGGAAAUGAUAUGGUUUGACAAUACCAAACAUAAAGAGUUUUACCUUUUACUUUAUACCAAGUUAACUGUCUCGAUUAUAAAUAUCUAUACAUUGUUUCACGAUAUUACUUAUUCCUCCGUAGCGCGAUCGGUUACGACUUAGAUGUAAAUCUUUCUUGCCGCGGCGGUCCGGGGUUCGAUUCCCGACGCGGUCAUCUUUUUUUUUUUCUUGGUUUGAAAUUUUAAAGUAUUUUAGAAACAAACUCAUACUCUAAUGAUCAUACUAUUACUAAACUUGAAUUUGAACGAGAGAUUAUUUUUAACCAAAUCUGCAGGUCAGUGCCUUUAAGAUGAAAAGUAGUUACUCGUCUAUACUAGUAGGAUUUUCAGUAUAAAUUUUAGUGGAGUAGUAAAACGUGGACGAGUGUUCGUUAGUGUAGCUUAUGAUUAUUUGAUAAACAGCGCUGUCGUUAGUUCUAAACCUCGUCUGAACAUUAUUUUUUUCUCUCCUUUUUAAAAAAAAUUCUGUAAAUAAAUAGUAUUAGUUCUUUUUCACUGAAGAUAUUAAUUUUUUGGUAUUUCAUAUUCUGCUAGGAUCUGGAGGAAGAGUACUCCCAACAUUUUGGGUCGCAGUGUUCCUCUCAGUUAGACCAUGUGGAAACUGGUAGUUUAACAAAUGAUGCUUCCGACAGUGAUUUUGAGAUUGAAAGAGAUGGCAGUGUGAUCGAGGAUGUGAUUGAGGCUAGAGCGAGGGCAAUGAGUGCAGAUGAGGGCAGCGAGGACGACAGUGAUGAGAAUGACGAGAAUGACGAGGACAGGGAGCAGGUGCGUAGGUUUAUCAGGACGGGAUGUGGAUGUUCAAAAAUGUGUCACAAGAACUUUUCAUUUCAAGAGAUUUAUAUGCAUAGAUUACAUGUAAAGGAAAUGGACAAUGAGUCUAAGGAUAUGUAUGUAAUGGGGGUUGUCAACAAAGAGUGUGUAUUUCCAUCUGAUAAAACAAAACAUGGCAGAGAGAGAAAGCGUGCACCGGCUAAAGACCUUUACUUCAAAGGAACUAAGGUAUGCAGGAAAGCAUUUCUGGUAUGUUUCGCUAUUGGCAAGAAAUACCUGAACACAAUCAGUUCCCAUGUGAAAACCAAAGGGGUAAUUCCACGUAUGCAUGGAAACACGGGAAGAAAGGCACAUAAUGCGUUUAGCUACAAUGAUGUCAAGCGCAUUGUUGAAUACAUAAAAAACUUUGCUGAUGAAAAAGGAUUGCCCCAGCCAGCUGCUCCGAGGGGACGGGACAACAUACCUCCUAUAUUUCUGCCAUCUGACACUACCAAGAAAGAAAUGCAUGAAGAGUAUGUUUCAUUGUGUAGAAGUUCUAGUUCUGGAUUUAAGGCCGUUUCUCUGACUUUGUUCAAAAACAUUUGGUCAAACUGUGUACCACACAUACGUAUAGCAGGACCGAGAGAGGAUGUGUGUGCUCGUUGCGAAAAGUUGAGACAGCACGUGAUGGAUGCCAGAACCGAGCCUGAGAAAUUAGAGGCAACAACAGAACUGCGAGACCACAUACUGGUGGCUCAAAACGAGAGAGAGUUAUACAACGAGUGCAUUAAGAAGUGUAAAGAGGACCCGGACUACACGCACUACACUUUUGACUUUAGUCAGAAUGUUGCACUACCGCACAGAUCUAGACAGAUUGGUCCACUCUUCUUUCUCACUUUAAGGAAGGUCCAACUUUUCGGUUUCCGCAUAGAUGGCAUUCCCAGACAGCUAAACUUUCUUAUAGAUGAAGAUCAGACAAUUGGUUCCGACGGGAAAGACACACAUGGCCCGAAUGCAGUACUAUCUAUGCUGGACUGGGCUCUACAAACUUACGGAAGCAACAAGCCCCGGUUCUCGAUCCACUCUGAUAAUUGUCCAGGACAAAACAAGAAUAAGUACACCAUGGGUUAUUUCAUGUGGAGGGUCAUGACUGCUCAGAGUACAGAGAUCGAGUUCCUCAUGCAAACACCUGGGCAUGCACGCUGUCACGUGGAUGCCGGAUUUGCCAACGUCAAAAAGUUGUUUCGGCGAAGCGACUGUGAAACUCUUGGCCAGUUAGAGAAUAUUGUAAACAAGUCGUCAAUGGCAAAUCUUGCAGUUAGAUAUCCUCAGUGGAGCUGGCGCAAUUGGAAACAGUUCCUUGAUGGAGUGUUCAAACCCAUGAAAAAUAUAAGUUAA